AUGUCGUGGAACUUGAAAACGAUCUGCACAAUUUCGUUGUUUAUCUUAAGUUUCUCCAGUUGCCCACUGGUAGAAUCUUUGAUCGUCGAUCCGUACUUGAAGGAGCGAGAUCGAUUGAUCGAAGCCGAGCGAAAGCUGCAGUUCGGCCGCGACAUCGUCUUGCAGGGCGACGAGAUUAAAGCCAACGAGUGUCUGAUGAGAGCUAAAACGGCCGAAAUCGACCACGCGUUCCAGCACCCCGAGGACUUUUUGCCGGCGCAGAAUUUUCUGCGGGCGCGCAAAGAGAUCGAGCGGUCGACGGUCUUUCGGAUUCUGCGCAGGAUGCCCAAGGGCGGCCUGUUUCACGCGCACGGCCUGGCCAUCGUGUCGAUCGACAAGCUGCUCAGGUACACGCACCUGCCGAAUCUCUGGAUCUGCCGGGAUCGAUUCGCGUUUCUGUUCUCGAGGGCGCGGCCGCCGCCGCUGCUGUCCCGCUGCGACGACUGGAUGCCGAUCGAGGAGCGCCGCCGAGCGGAGCCGAAUCUCGACCAGGAGAUCAAGCGACACCUGAUGCUAUCGGCGAGCCGCAACGACGACAUCAAUCACGUUUGGAAGGACUUCAAUAACUUGUUUCCAGCGGUCGGCGGCUUGGCCGUCUACAAGCCGGUCUACGAGAAAUUUAUGUACGAAGCCAUGCAGGAGCUUUACGACGACAACGUCAUGUUCAUGGAGCUCAGAAAUUCUCUCUUUCCUCUGUACGAUCUCGACGGCACGCAGCACACGCCCGAGGAAACCGCGAGAACGUUGAUGAAAGUUGUCAAACGCUUCUGCACGAACAAUCCGUCCUUCUUGGGUAUCAAGCUCAUAAUCUCCCAGUCGAGGAGUGUCCCGCUGGACGUGGUGAAGCAGAAAAUAGAGCAGUUCAAGCGAUGGAAGGCCGAAUUUCCGGACCUGAUCAUCGGUUUCGAUCUGGUCGGCCAGGAGGACAUACAUCACUCGUUGCUGGACUACCGGGAGGCACUCGAGGGCAUCAAGGACGAGACCAACUUCUUUUUCCACGCCGGCGAGACCAAUUGGUAUGGCCGACAGCCGGAUCACAAUCUUUACGACGCCAUCGUUCUUAAUACCAAGAGGAUUGGUCAUGGCUUCGCCCUGAUCAAGCAUCCGAAAUUAAUGGAGAUCGUGAAAGAGAAGAAGAUCGUCGUCGAGGUCAGUCCCAUCUCGAAUCAGGUGCUGAAGCUGGUCGGGGACCUACGCAAUCAUCCGGCGGCUCACUUCUUCGCGACGAAUCUGCCGGUGGUAAUAACGAGCGACGAUCCGUCCCUCUGGGGUGCCACCGGCCUGAGCUUCGAUUUUUACGAGGCGUUCGUCGGCAUCAUGUCGAGCGAGGCCGACUUGAGGGCGCUCAAGCAGUUGGCUCUGAACUCGAUCAAGUACAGCAGCCUCGAUAAGCGCGAAAAGGCGAAGGCGUUCAAGAUUUUCAAUCAGACAUGGAUGGAAUUCGUUACGGAAUUGCCCAAGAGUUCACUGUGUGUAAAAGCAGCUUGACAUUCAUAUUGUACUCAGAUUUUUGUACUUAGAAAUUUAAUUCUUUUUAUUUUUUCUCGCACGAGCCU